AUGUCGCUCCUUCGCUACGAUCCCUUUACAUCUGCAUUUGAUGAUGGAUUUGACCGCUCACCAUAUUAUCGCAAUGAACAAUCAUUGAUGCCUCGUCGUUCUGGGUGGCAACCAUCUGGAAUGACAUCUCAUGAAAAUGACAAAAACUAUGUCUUCCAGGUCGAUCUCCCAGGAGUCAGCGCGGAUGACUUGGAAAUGAAGCUUGACGAUACUCAUGACGGUCACACGACGCUCCAUUUGAGCGGUGGACGUCAAUUCCAAUCCAAGGAUGGGACCUCGUUUGAAACCAGCUCCUUUGAACGUCAAUUCUCCAUUGGCUCCUCCAAUGUGGACAAGGAAAAGAUUAGAGCUGAUUUGAAGGAUGGAGUGCUGACGAUUACUGUUCCAAAGACGGAGGAGCCAGAGAAGGCUUCGCCAACUUAUAUUCCCAUUACAUCUGGUGCUGCAGCUUCAGAAUAA